AGAAGUGGGUUGUAUUUUGUAUGGAAAGGCAUGGGUAUAAACGUGUAAAAAUGUUGUUCAAAAGGAGAACAAAAUGUUUUAUUGUAGACGUCGAGGGGGGCGUUUUUAUGCGAAAUACCUCUUUAAUAAUUAAAUCAGUGGCUUUCUGACAAUAGGAUUUUCGUCAAAAAGACAGUAAGACUUACAUUUUAUAUGUCUGAUGGAUUUUGCAAAGAAGCAGCUUUUAAAAUAUGGAUGGAAAGAAGGCAGCGGGCUUGGAAAGAACAAGACUGGAAUUACAACAGCAAUCAAACCGAAGCGCAAAUUAAACAAAGAAGGCUUUGGAUUUUGUGCAGGGGAAGAGUACACAAAUAACUGGUGGGAUAAAGUCUUCAAUGAAACUGCGUCCAAAAUAAAUAUAGGAGAUAAGGAGGAAAAUACAAAACGCACCAAGAAAAGAAAGCUUAAGUCAGAUGGAAAAACUGUGAAAAAAAGAAAAAAGGAGAAAGUGCAAGAAUAUUUUUCUAAUUGCAGUGAAGAAUCAUCGGCAGAAAAUAAAAUAGAUGACGGUGCGGAAUCCUUGUCCGAAAGUGAUGAAGAUAAUGCAUUGAGUCAUUUAAUUGAAGAUGAUGCAUUGUUUAAGGCUUGCGGGGGUCGAAUGGCACAUAAAGAAACAAGACAUGGCCGUGGUGUAAUGGGAAAGUUAAUCCGUCUAAAAAAACAAGAUGAUAUUUUCAAAAACCAACUGAAACUUAUCAAAGUCAAAUAUAAUGAAUAACAUUUAUGUUUA